AACUUAAAGAAGUAAAAUGUCGGCAGUUUAUUGCGCGGAUUAAUAUAGCAUUAUAUACCAUUAAUAACCUUGUACUAUUAUAUGUACCAUUAUCUUUUGAUCGUUCAAGAACAGCAAUGAAUCAUUCAGCAAUGACGUAAUCCCUGUACUUACCUCCGAAGGAUUGCUAUUCGAAUUCAUGGACAAAAGUGUUUGGUUAUGUUCGCCAGGUAGGAGGCUCGAAUGCACGUAAUCUGACAUUUCUGUCAAGAUAGCGAGGAAAUGGGCUUGUUCGGAAAAUCUCAAGAAAAAAAUCCGAAGGAAAUGGUUCAAGAAUGGACUCACAAAUUGAGAAAGGAGGGUUAUCAGUUAGACAGACAGGUUAGAGCAAUUCAACGUGAAGAAGAGAAAGUGAAACGUUCUCUGAAAGAUGCAGCAAAAAAGGGAGACAAAGAUGUGUGCAAGAUCCUUGCUAAAGAGAUCAUACGAGCACGUAAAGCUUGCAAUAAGAUUUAUACCUCGAAAGCACACCUGAACUCUGUGUCCCUGCAAAUGAAAAAUCAAUUAGCAACGAUCAGAGUUGCAGGCUCUGUUUCAAAGUCCACGGAGGUGAUGCAAGCGAUGCAGUCACUAGUCAGAGUGCCAGAAGUGGCAGCCACAAUGAGAGAAUUAUCUAAAGAAAUGAUGAAAGCUGGUAUCAUUGAAGAAAUGUUAGAUGAGACUAUGGACUCUAUUGAAGAUGCUGACGAUGUAGAAGAUGAAGCGGAUGAGGAAGUAGACAAAAUUCUAUGGGAAGUAACAGCAGGCCAACUAGGCACAGCACCUGCUGUAGUCACAGAAAAUCCAGGAUCUGUAGUAGCGUCCACAUCCACGGAAGAAGAAGGAGAAGUUGCAGACGAUGAGCUUGAAGAAAUGAAAAUGAGACUACAGAGUUUACGUAGUUAGCUGUAAUAUUGUAAAUAUUUAAUCCACAUUGACUUUCCGUGUUAAGUCAGCUCGCACUUACCGAGAAUAUGCGUACGCAACAUGCAAAUUCAGUAAAUAAAUGCCUCAUAUUUUCAUAUUUCUGAGAAACGUUUAAGUAUUAUAAAAAUAAAUUAAAUAUUUUCAUUUUUCUGUACAGUUUUUUAUCAGGCUUUUGUAAUCUAUUAUGAACUCUUUAAAAAUACUGCUGCAUCUUAACACAGAUUAAGAGAAGCUGGCUUCUUAGUUGUAUUAUAUUUGAACACAUCCACACACACACACACACACACAGCUUAAUUUAAUGAUAAUUGCAAGUUCUUGUAUUACUAUGUAUUAUACAUAAACUAUGAGUUCGAUUGUUAUUAGCGUCGCGUCUAUUUACACCUUCUACUUAUCGCUUAGAGUUAUAAAUUAUUGUAUGCGUAUUUUGCUCGAUUCAGAUGUUUUCUUCCAUCAAUAAUUUUUUAUUGGUCUAUGUCAAAAAAGCGAGAUUUAUAAUAUGCGUGAAGAAUCAUGCACUCUAAAUCUGAAAAUUGUAUAGAGCAUCCGCUUGGCAUAUUGUGCAAAUGUGCAGAGUACCAAAGCGUGAUUAAAAAAUUUAGAUCUUGUAACAUUGGUACAUGGAAUCCAUUAUUACCGAAGAUAAACAUCGGUAAAAAAACUGAAACAUAUGUAUAUCAUGUUUGCAAUAAAUAAAAAUAUUUUAACGCGA